AUGCAAUUAAUUUCGAUUAUUACAAUUGUUGUACUCAGUUCCGGUUGUGCAUUGGCGUAUAACAAAACACAUAAUCAGCAAUGGAAGUUAUGGAAAAAUAAACAUAGGAAAAACUAUUCUGAUGCUGAAGAACUUGUUCGACGUGCUGUAUGGGAAAAUAAUUUGAAGAUGAUCGAAGAACACAAUCUUCAAGCUGAUCUUGGUGUUCAUACUUAUCGACUUGGAAUGAAUCAACAUGGAGAUUUAACUGCUAAUGAAGUUGUGCAAAAAUACACUGGUGUCAAAGUAAAUAUGGAAACGAAAUACAGUCAAGUUCGUGAGGUAUUAGUAUCCAAUUCGACUGCUAGGUUACCAAGCUCUGUUGACUGGCGUAACCAGAAUGUUGUUGAAGCAGUUAAAGAUCAAGGUGCUUGCGGAUCAUGUUGGGCUUUUUCAGCAGCUGGCGCAAUUGAAAGUGCAUAUGCUAUUAAAACUGGCACGCUUCUUUCUCUUUCCGAACAACAAUUAAAUGAUUGUUCUGGCGUAGUAGGAAAUGAUGGUUGUAAUGGUGGUUGGCCGGAUAAUGGCUUUGUAUAUGUCAUCAAUGCAGGCGGUAUCGAAACAGAAAGUUCAUAUCCAUAUACAGCGGUUGAUCAUGCAUGUAUGUUCAAUGCAACAGACAUUGCUGUCAAAGUCUGUGACUUCGUUGAGUUAGCAUCAGGAGAUGAAGCAGCUCUCCAACAAGCCGUCGCUACUACUGGACCAAUAUCAGUCGCGAUUGAUGCUAGUCAUACCUCAUUUCAGUUCUAUCAAUCCGGUGUCUACAAUGAACCAACUUGCUCACAAACUAGACUUGAUCACGCUGUUCUCCUUGUUGGUUAUGGUACAGAAGGAGACCUUGACUAUUGGCUAAUAAAAAACAGUUGGAAUACAAGUUGGGGUGAACAAGGUUAUAUGAAAAUGACACGAAAUAAAAAUAACCAAUGUGGUAUCGCGACGGCGGCCACCUAUCCGAUUAUUUGCUCUGCAAAUAUGCAACCAGUACCACAACAACCAGUACAGCAUUGGAUAUCGAAUGCUUUCUGUAUGACACCUAAUAUGUUCCUGAUGAUCGGUAUAUAUUGCUUUGUAAAGAUAGUUUACGAAUUGUAA